UUCAAAGUUCGUGGUCAUGCACUUCAUUAUCUAAUCAACAAGCCAGGGAGCUGUUCAGUUCAUCUGUAAUGGAUCUGGCAGCAGUGAACCACAAUAUCCCUCUCAGUGAUGGUAACCGCAUUCCUCUGCUGGGACUGGGCACCUAUGGAGACCCUCGAACGACAGCCAAAGGCACGGCACUAGAGUGUGUGAAACUGGCCAUAGAUGUGGGUUACAGGCACUUUGAUGGGGCACUGGUGUAUUUCAAUGAGCACGAAGUGGGUCAAGCCAUAAGAGAGAAGAUUGCCGAUGGAACCGUUAAAAGAGAGGACAUCUUUUACUGUGGGAAGCUCUGGAAUACCUUCCAUCCACCAGAGUUGGUGAGACCAGCCUUGGAGAGGACGCUGAAAACCUUGAAGUUAGACUAUGUGGAUCUCUACAUUGUUGAGCUUCCUAUGGCUUUCAAGCCUGGAAAUGAGUUUUAUCCAAAAGACAAGGAUGGAAAAUACAUCUACCACCACACAGACCUCUGCGCAACAUGGGAGGCUUUAGAGGCUUGUAAAGACGCAGGACUGGUCAAGUCUCUGGGAGUCUCUAACUUCAACCACAGACAACUGGAGCUGCUGCUGAAUAAACCUGGCCUCAAACACAAACCUGUAUCCAACCAGGUCGAGUGUCAUCCAUAUUUCACACAGCCAAAGCUUCUGGAGUUCUGUCGUCAGAAUGAGAUUGUGAUUGUUGGUUACUGCCCAAUCGGCUCCUCUAGAGAUGCCUCCUGGGUGAAUGUGAAAUGUCCCCCUCUGCUGGAGGACGAGCUGCUUGUUUCCAUUGGCACAAAGUACAAGAAGAGCACUGCACAGGUGGCUCUGCGCUUCAAUGUCCAGAGAGGAGUGGUAGUGAUCCCCAAGAGCUUCAGUCACGAGAGGAUCAAACACAACUUCCAGAUAUUUGAUUUCUCACUAACCGAGGAUGAAAUGAAGGCCAUUGAAGCACUGAACAAAAACAUUCGUUUUGUGGAGCUGCUGAUGUGGAGCGACCAUCCAGAGUACCCAUUCCAUGAAGAAUAUUAACGUUUUUCUCACUUUUUACACCAAUAAUUUGACCAAAACAAUGACUUGUGUGUUUUGCUGUUGAAGGAUUCCGUUGGUAUAUUCACUAGAGGGCUCCGUUCAAAGUGAAUGAAUAAGACAAGAGGAAAUUAAAAUAAAGAGAAGACUCUCUACUGGAAUAUGCAUGUGAAAUGUCAAACUGUAUGAUAUAAGUUGAACUGAGAGUGAGCUCAUUGUCAGUUUAACUGAUUUGAAUUGUACUGAUGAAGCAGCGCUAUAAAUAAAGUUUCAUCUAUAAACUAA